AUGGUGAUGAAAAAAUCUAAAAACAUGUCUUUUGUGUCGUGUUUUUGGAUGACAGAUCCAUGCCUUGAAAAAUCCACCAACACAGAGCAUCAGCAACCAAUCAAGAAGCCAGGUGAUCUCCCACAAAAGCACCCCCGUCGCGACUCACUUUGUGGCCCCCAUGGGGAAAGAUUGUCAAUCAAAAGCAGCAAGGAUAUAUCUGAUUUUUUGAGUGCCAUUCGCCAGCCGGCUGAAAAAUUUAAGAAGGAUUUUUAUGCUGAACCGAUACCGACAAGACACAACAACAACAACAACAACAACAUUAACAUCAACAAAAACACCAACAAUAUCGACAACAACAUCAACAACAACAUCAACAACAACGUCAACAACAACGUCAACAAUAACAUCAACAUUAAUAACAUCAACAACAACAUCAACAAUAACAACAACAUCAACAACAACAUCAACAUUAUCAACAACAACAUCAACACCGACAAUCAACCCACUGACAGCUCACCACAGAUCCGAUCUCUUCCCUCAAACUUGGCACCCCCUUGGCCAUUCUCCAUCAUCAUCACCGCCGACGCAAUCAUCAUCACCAUCAGCAGCAGCAGCGCAAACACCAUCACUAUCAUCACCAGCGCCACCACAGCCACCGUCGUCUUCAUUAUCACCAUUGGUGGUAGCUUCAAGGGCCGGCAAGAACAAAUCAUCACAUCACCAUAA